UUUAAACGUUAAAAAGAACCGCAACACACUGCAACAAAAGCCCUAAACUUUAUCUUUCUUCCGUCGUCAUCGUCACCGUCACAGUCCUAGUCUGCCCCAUUCGACAAGAAGGUGGGAAAGAUCGACGGGAAGUGAGUUCAUAAACAGGACUCUUUCAAACCGGGUUCCUGCUUUUUGGGUCGGUGACGGGGCAGUGAUUUCGUAGUAUUCUUCGCGCUUGAACGCAAGCAGCGGUUGGCUAGACUGGUCGAUUGGAGGAUUGGCUUAGCUUGUUGCCAACCAGCUUUCUGAAUCUCAGGUUUCUACACUAUUACCACCUCCUUCCUGAACUCAGAACGAUCGUCUCUUGAACAGCUUUCCCGAACACUCGCAGCCUUUACUUUCUCAACCCGUUUAUCGACCAUGAACAUGAGCUUAAAAUCAAGCGCAGACCUUUCUCGUUGCGUGGUAGACUCCAUUAGACUUAGCAGACCCAAUCCAAACCACCACCCUCAUUUUUGCCAUAUUUGCACAUUCUCAUCUGGGUCUCCGUCCAAUCAGUUCUCGCCGCUUUCAUUGGUCGUUGAACCCCUCGGAGUGAGUAAAAUUUCUCGGAGCCGAAGUGUAAUUUCGAUGUCGAAGAACGCGGAUGGUGGACUUACGUAUAAGGAUGCUGGUGUGGAUAUCGAUGCUGGGUCGGAACUCGUUCGGAGAAUCGCAAAGAUGGCUCCAGGGAUUGGAGGAUUUGGGGGUCUUUACCCUUUUGGUGAUCAUUACCUUGUUGCUGGUACAGAUGGUGUAGGGACUAAACUCAAGCUUGCUUUUGAAACUGGAAUCCAUGAAACUAUUGGGAUUGAUUUGGUUGCAAUGAGUGUCAAUGAUAUUGUUACUUCUGGAGCAAAGCCAUUGUUCUUCCUUGAUUACUUUGCUACAAGUCGCCUUGAUGUUGAUCUUGCUGAAAAGGUUAUAAAAGGCAUUGUUGAUGGUUGCCAGCAAUCAGAUUGUGCUCUUUUAGGAGGAGAGACUGCAGAGAUGCCAGGUUUCUAUGCAGAUGGUGAGUAUGACCUCAGUGGUUUUGCAGUUGGUGCUGUGAAAAAGGAUUCUGUCAUAGAUGGGAAAAACAUUGUCGCAGGAGAUAUUCUCAUUGGCCUACCUUCCAGUGGAGUACAUUCCAAUGGUUUCUCUCUUGUGAGAAGAGUUUUGGCUCAUAGUGGUUCUUCUUUGAAGGACCAACUUCCUGGUGAAGAUAAAACAUUAGGAGAAGCUUUGAUUGCACCUACUGUAAUAUACGUUAAGCAGGUACUCGAUAUAAUUAGUAAAGGAGGUGUGAAAGGGAUAGCCCAUAUCACUGGGGGUGGUUUUACUGACAAUAUACCUCGAGUGUUUCCAAAGGGCCUCGGGGCUAUCAUCUACAAGGACUCUUGGAGAGUCCCAUCUAUUUUCAAAUGGAUCCAAGAGGCUGGAAGAGUAGCAGAUGAUGAGAUGAGGCGAACUUUUAACAUGGGUAUUGGAAUGGUAUUAGUUGUGAGCCCAGAGGCAUCCCACAGAAUACUUGAGGAUGCAAAUGGAGAAGCAUACCGCAUAGGUGAGGUUUCAAGUGGCGAAGGGGUGAGCUAUCAAUAAUUUAAGUAUCAUAUAAUGCUUUUUAUGUGUGUUUUUCCCACCGAGUUGAGAUAAAGGACAUCGAGAUAAAGGAAGUCGCGGCCUGACAAUUUACUUGUAGCUUUGACAAUAGUUGCACAAAAUAUAUAAUACAUAAUUCAAUGGAAGUUUGUGGCUAAGAUCGAUCUUGUGAAUUUUGUAGCAGGGAUAUAAACUUAGCUAUGAAUAUUUGCCAUUUUUAUUCA